CCCACUCGCUCAACAGACAACAAUGGCGGCUAUAGUGUACUGUCAAAUGGAGAAUGCAGUCGAGAGUUUUUAGUUCUAGAAAAUAAAAUUAACACUCACGUGAUUGAAACAAAAUGGCAACUCAAUUGGCCGCUGUCUCCUGAUUUUUUUGAGAAGUGUUGAGAGUGUUCAGUAGAGCUGGAAGUAUUAUUAUUGUUUAUCACAGCAGGAGGGGGCAGCAAAAUUUGAGGGCAUAAGACCAUAAUCCACUGGCUUGGAUCAUCUGUCUCUGUUUUUGUCAAUUCAGUAAGAAUUUUCAAUGUUUUUUAUCGUAUGAUCAAGUGAUUUUGGAGGUUAACGAGUGUGGGGAUGGUGUGGGUGCGAGAAUUUCGAAGGUGAAUUGAGGUUAUUGAGGGGACAUUGGACUUGUUGUCGAGGAAAUUCAGGGGGGAUCAGUAAAAAUGUUCAAAGCAGAGGAGUCUCCGAAGGGCUCGUUCCUCCAGCAGACGAAGGCAGCUCGGGAGGGACGUGCCCACGAGAAGCGUCGCGAGACUGCAGUGGUGACAAUUCAAGCAGCAGUUCGUGGUUGGCUCUCCCGUGGAAAAUUCGCAAAGCAAAUUCUCCUCGACUUCGACGACUUUUUUCCCACCGAGUCCACCACUGACAGCUCCAUUGAGCUCAAGCCCAUUCUCCAGGUGUUCCGGCACAUCUCGCGUUUCCUGAUCGUCUUCAAACGCAAUCGAGACCAGUCUCGCAUCGAGAGACUCUGCAGGUACCUCUCUAAGACCCUGCACUCCGAGCACCCCAAGUUCUCGUACGUGGGGAUGGCCCUCCACAAGGAGCACUACAUCACGUGGAUCGCCCAGAUGAAGACAGUUUUGUUGCACUGUAUGCUGGGGCUGGACGAUCUAAAGCCUGAACGUAUUGGGAAUCAUCGGUCCAUUUUACUGAGGCUCCACACACUCGUGAGCUUUACGUCCUCGGGGACAUGGGCCAUUCAGAGGGUCAAGGGAAUGGAGAAAUUGAAGGCUGGUAUGCAGCAGUUGUGCGCCAAUAUCAUGGGGCAUCUAGUCAAUAACGGAUUUUAUCCUGUUAUGAAGGUAUUAUUGGUGAAGGGUUUGGAGAGAACCAACAUAUCCCUGAAACCUGUUGCCCUGUCAGCUGCUGUCACCCUCACAAUGAGACCUCUGAUAUCUUCCCAGAUGUCUGAUAAACUCAUAUCACUGUUCCUCAUCAAUAUCUUCAGUGUUCCUGCCCUGGUUUAUCACCUGAACGAACAAGCACCUGAGUGCAUCAGAUCGUUCGUGACUCACAGUUUGUUUCCGCGGAGUCUGGAGCUCCUGAACUCGGACCAGAAUCUCCGAAUAAUCUUCAACGCCCUGGAGGGUAGUUACGCCCUCUGCCUGCUGGCCAAUCUAACCCAGCUCGCGUCGAUAGAGUCCGAGGAACUCCUCAAGGACCUCUACUUCCCCUCCUUCACCGUCGUGGUAACGAAGAUGUUGCAAUCCUGCCAGCAAUACGUUGUCUCGAAGCAGAGCAAUCUGACCCAUUGGCAUCCAGUGCUGGGUUGUUUUGCACAGCCAGUGGAUCCCCGCCUGCACUCGGCGAUUGGCUACACGAAAGUCCAACUGGGUCUUCUCUGGAGCGGUCGAAUUGUUCAGCAGCUGAUGGGCAAGAGCCUCACGGAAAUCGUCGAGAAGGAGGUGAUCAUCACUGAUAACAAUCAGAGCACCUCCAACACCAACAUCUUCAAACGGGCGUUCUUCGAGACCCGCGGCAACCGGAACAACUCUACCAAGAAUUGGCGGAAGCUCGGCAGCCCGGAGACGACGAAAAUUGCGUUGAUCUGCUCACUAUAUCAGACCGCACUCCACACCCUUACCCAACUGAAGCUGGACAUCUUGACAGGGCUGUGCUACCAGGACAAGAUACUCUACCACCUCUGGCUGUUCCUCAACACACUCGGACCAAACUGCGGACUAAAAGCAUUUCUAGAUCAUCUCGCAGCGAAUCCCAAGUGCACCGCCCUGGAAUUCCAGAUGCUCAUAUUCUUCUGCGACUGCAUGACACACUACGUGACAAUUCUCGAUGACAUGGAGAUGUACGAACAGCAGGAGCCGUUCAAACUCCAGGACUUUGUGACGAUGGGCUUCUUCCUGAAUCAGUUUUUGUAUAAGGGAGUACUGGGGAAUCUCUUUGACGUGAGGACCGUAGCCAGUAAUCCGCUGUUCGUCAGUCUUCACACGUUGCUGAUGGUGAUCUACAGGAGGGACUGCAGACGGACCUUUUGCCCCGAGGGACACUGGCUGGCGAAGGAAGUCCGAGUCUCCGGGUUUCUGGCGGAUCUGGAGAAGGGACGAAGAGGAGCAGCGCUGCUCCUAUCGAAGAUGCCUCACGUUAUUCCUCACUCGGAGCGUGUAGUUCUGUUCAGAAAGCACGUGGCGGAUGAAAAAGCGGUUCUUGGACUGACCGAAUCCGCCUGCAACAGCCCUCCCUCCACUCUCAUAGCUGUUCACAGAUCGAGAAUUGUUGAGGAUGGCUAUCGUCAGCUGGCGAUGCUACCGUCCCAAGCUCUGAAAGGUGUCAUCAGAGUCAGAUUCGUCAAUAAGCAGGGACUCGACGAAGCUGGCAUUGAUCAGGAUGGCGUCUUCAAGGAGUUCCUCGAGGAGACCAUCAAACGCGUGUUUGAUCCUUCCUUGAAUCUCUUCAAGGCGACGACGGAGAAUCGUCUUUAUCCCUCGCCGACGUCGUACAUGCAGGAGAAUCAUCUUCAGCUGUUUGAGUUCGUUGGCCGGAUGCUGGGGAAGGCAGUUUACGAGGGAAUUGUUGUAGACGUUCCCUUUGCAUCAUUCUUCGUUUCCCAAUUCUCCGGUCAAGCAGGUGGCGCCUUGUACAGCUGGCUCGACGACCUCGCCUCCUUGGAUCGGGAUCUGUACAGAAGUCUGACACUUGUCAAGCAUUACAACAGCGAUGUCAGACAGCUCGAGCUCACCUUCUCCCUGAAUGAAGACGUUAUGGGAGCAUUGGUAACUCAUGAACUCAAUCCUGGGGGCAAAGCUCAACCUGUCACUAAUUUUAAUAAGAUUAAUUACAUUCAUCAUAUGGCCCACUUCAGAAUGCACCGACAGAUUAAGGACCAAACGGCUGCUUUCAUCAAGGGAUUCAAGAGCAUCAUCAAUCCGGAGUGGCUUUCUUUGUUCUCCACGCCUGAGCUACAACGUCUGAUCUCGGGGGAUAACGUACCGCUAGACCUGCGGGAUUUGCGAAAAUAUACGCAAUACUACGGCGGUUUUCACGACAGCCAUCGAGUUGUUUGUUGGUUGUGGGAUAUCCUUGAAAAGGAUUUCAGUGAGGAAGAACGAGGUCUUUUUCUCAAAUUUGUAACUAGUUGUUCAAAGUCACCGCUUCUUGGCUUCGCAUACUUGGAGCCGCCAUUCUCUAUCAGGUGUGUUGAGGUGGGUGAUGAUGAGGACACGGGAGACACUAUCGGAAGCGUCAUCAGGGGAUUUUUCACCAUUCGAAAGAAAGAUCCGCAGAAUCGUCUACCAACAUCAUCAACUUGCUUCAAUCUCCUCAAGCUCCCGAACUACCAGAAGAAGAGCACAUUGAGGGAGAAAUUGAGGUACGCUGUGACAAGCAAUACUGGAUUUGAGUUGUCAUAACAAAAGAUCGAGGACGAGCGAGAAGAAAAUCCUGGACCAAAGAAAAUCGAUAAAAAUCGAGGGAAAAAUUCUUACGCAUCCCCCAAUGCUGUAGUGAACCAAAUCAUCAGUCAUUCUCAUGAAUGCUAAUGAGAGAAUUUUGAUGAGAAACACUGUGGAUAUACAGUGAGUGAUAGGUACUGACGCGAACUGAAAUAUAAUGAUUAUUUCAUGAACCUGAAGAGGUAGAUCCUUGAAUGUAGAUUGAAUCAAUAGUCGGGAAAAUUUCCAGCUCCAAACACUACUCAUCGACCCUUUUAUCUCUUCAGCUUGUCCAGAUAUCGGGAAAAUAGUCUUGAAGGUCAACUAGGCAAAUUUGGCCUUGAAAACUUCUUCCACGAUUUCUCAGUAAGUUACGGGCAUAAAGGGGUUUAUGACCAGUGUUUUGAGAGGGUAAUUUUUCGGGCUCUCAAGUGGUAUAAACCAAAAUAACCACCGGGGAUAUUUUACUAUUUUUUACCACUCAGUUUUAACGAUGUAAACACAACGUAAGAAAUAAUUAGUAGAAAUUUUAUUUGAAUCUUAGGUUUUGCAAAUUCAUUCUCACUUAGAUGCCAUGUCAUUUGUUUACGUUAUUAAUGAAAUGAUAAAUCAUGGAAUUUCAUACUUCUGUACAUUAAAAAUUGUUUAAUAUUCUUUUAACAAGCGCAAACAUGUCUAUUAUAUACAAAAUGUCACAAAUAUACAUAAUUUCAUUAAUCA